AUAAUGCUAUUUAGCCUAGUUAUAUACGACUACUACUCAGCAUUAGUCGUCUCUGCUCGUUUGGAUGAGCCUGUUUAUAAAAUCAAUGAUUCGUUAGUUGAAAUGGCUAAAAUAAAUCUUCCUAUGGCAUCUGAAAGGAUGAUUUAUUUGGAAAAUUUUUGGAAACAACCAUAUUGGGAAACGCAAAUAUUUUACCAAAAUUAUUGGUUGAAGUGGCCAGUGAACAAAAGAUUUAUGGAACCGGAAAUAGCUAUGGAUUUAGUUCGAAAAGGCGGAUUUACGUAUCACGUUCAUCCUGACGUAGCAUAUACUAUUAUUGAAAGAACAUUUGAUAACCGCGAGAUUUGCGAAUUAAAUGAAGUUCAUCUAGGUAAAUUAGUCAAUUCGAUGUUUGGUGUAAAUAACAAUUGCACUUUUGCCGAGCUGGUACGAGUCGGAUUAACCAAAAUAUCGGAGGUAGGUCUUCGGAAUCGACAAAUAUUGAAAUGGCAAUAUAGAAAACCACAUUGUAGGCAAGAUAUUCUCAAUGCUUCCAGCGUGGAUAUAUAUGAGUUUGCACCGCAUCUAAUACUAUUGGCUAUUGGACUUAUAUUAGCAUUUUUCGUAUAUAUUUUUGAAACCAUCGAUAGCAAAUGGAAAAUUGAAUCUCGAUCUGAUAUGAGCAACAAAAAAACAAGACUAAUUUUACACGAUACAAUUUUAGCAAAAGAUUUCAAUAAGAAUGGAAUAAAAAUAAAUUUACGCAAACUAAACGAUACUUCUAAUAUACACAUUCUUGGGCAUACUACUUACUUCAAACUGGGAAUAUUUUUAGAUGUCCGAUGUCAUACUAAAAGCAAUAUUGCAGCAUUCUUUUCAGAAGUAAUGGGAGUAAAUUUACGAACAACAAUUAAUAAUUAA